GUUUCAGCUUCAAAUGAUGGCAUCUUUGACACCUCCACAGCUUUGACUCCCACAGAUUUGACUAAAAAUCUUGAAAAUUCUCAGCCAGUUUCUAUAAAAUCUCAACUUCGUAACAUUAACGUUUCAAUACCUCGUGGAACGUUGGUUGCUGUUAUUGGUUCUGUAGGGUCUGGUAAAUCUUCAUUAUUGUCUGCUCUGGUUGGUGAAAUGAAAAAAAUUAAAGGAGAAGUCCUAUUUGGCGGAAAUGUUGGAUACUGUCCUCAAACUGCAUGGAUUCAAAAUGCCACACUCAGGGACAAUAUUACUUUUGGAUUACCUUUUGAUGAAGAAAAGUAUCGACAAGUAAUUAAAAAUUGUUGUUUAGAACCAGAUUUAAAAAUAUUGCCUGCUGGUGAUUUGACUGAAAUUGGAGAAAAAGGAAUUAAUUUAUCUGGAGGACAAAAACAACGUGUCAGCAUUGCAAGAGCUUUAUACUAUAAUGCAGAAAUU